CCAUACUUUCCCGUAUGACUGACGACUAAAGAGCAGCUCCUUCGUGAAUAUUAUUAUUAUUAUUCCCUCGCUGUUACUUAUUAGUACUUACAUUGGCGUGCGUGUUUAAGUGUGACUUCUUGCGAAUGUGUGUUUCUUUGUGUGUGUUUGUUGGCCUCUCUGUUAUUGUGAUUACUUCGGGUUCUUCGCACUUUUUUCUUUUGCAUUUAAUGUUCUCAAAGACUCGACACAUCUGAGUUCCAGUGAGACAGCAUGUCUGCUGUGACGACAACUUCAAGGCCCAGUGAAGCUGCGGGUCAUGUGACAUUCUCCUCUUCCUCCCUGGUCACUUCAUUAGACUCCCAAGAAUUUAGCGUCGCCACGGCAACAGCAGACACUGCUUUGGCAGAAGAGGAGGGUGAGCUGGAAAAUGAGAAAGACCACGCAGAGGGAUCUGCAAGUGUGGCAGCAGAGCGUCCGGUCACUCUGGCGCUGUCGCCGUGUUGUGGGGAAGGAGGAAAGAAGAGCAUGAGGAAGGUUCUGGUGGCGCCGGUCCUCAGCGUCUCUUUAGGUCGCAGCGAGUCAGGCGACUUCCACUCGGCGUUCCUGUCGCCGUCUCUCGGUGAGGAGGACGACGGCGGUCCGGACUUCGACCUCGACGCUAUGGAGACGCCCUCGGACAGCGAGUCCCUUCGCUUCCCCAUCGAUGACCUCGACCUGGAUGAUGACUCAGGCGGGCGUGGCCCGGCGUCCAGCUCCGGGUCAGGGAUGGAGGCGGAGCCUUCUGGUCUGGGAGCGCUGGAGCGCGACGAUGUGGUAGACAGCCAGGGCACCAGGUGGCGCUCGUUCUCCGCCGGAACCGCGCCGCACGACGGACGCGUCAACAUGAGCGUGCUGGAACCUUUCCUCCGGGUUUUAUCACACGGGGGUUACUAUGGCGACGGCAUGAAUGACAUCAUCGUGUUUUCCUCUUGUUACCUGCCUGAGAACUCACUGGAAAAUUAUCACUAUGUGAUGGACAACCUCUUCAGAUACUUGGUAGGCACGUUGGAGCUGAUGGUCCGUGAAAACUACGUGAUUGUUUUUCUUUGCGCCGGCGGUCAUAAGGACAACCUGCCAGGGAUCGGUUGGCUCAAGGAAUGUUACCACACCAUCGCAUGGAGGCUGAGGAAGAAUCUGAAAGGCAUGUUCGUGGUUCAUCCCACUUGGGCCAUCAAAACGCUCAUCACCAUCAUCAAACCCUUUAUCAGCUCAAAGUUCAGCAGGAAGCUGCAGUUCGUCGGCAGCCUUCGGGAACUUUCAGCUCUGCUGCCCACUCAGCACAUGCAGAUCCCCGAAUGCGUCACCAUGUACGACAACAACCUGUCCAGAUGAACACGUCGCCGGUGCGAUUUCGGCGCGGCCGUGACGCUGGCUCAGCGGUCUGGUCACCAGCGUCCUAAACAUAUGUACUUAAGGUUCACUUCAGAAUUUUUGAAUCGGAGUAAUAUUCUUCUACAUAAAUUUGAAUAAUUUUCUACAAAUACUUCUGUAUUAUAUAUAUAUAUAUAUAUAUAUAUA